CUGUCAAAUCCAGUUUGAAGUCAUCUUUCAACUUUCCACAAUGAAACUUGCACCAAUAGUUCUAAUCCUUUGUUUGGCUUUAGCCACUCAAUCAGUUCAAGCUAAUAUAUUCAACGACAUUAGCAAUGGAAUUCGCAAUGCUGGUAAUGUUGCCAAAGGUAUUGUUGGAGCAGGAGAAAAAGCAGCAUCAGAUGCUGCUAAAACAGCUGGAAAAAUUGGAUCUGGCAUUGCUAUAGGAGUAACUGGAGGAAUUCAAGGAGCAGUGAAAGCAGCAGCUGGAAUAACCAAAGGUGUAAUUGGAGUUGAAGUUGGUGUUGCAAGUGGUAUUGCUAGUGCAGCAGGAACUGUUGCCAAUGCAAUUGGUGAGAAUAUCCAUAAAAUUCGUAACUUAGCUCAUAAAGGAGCUCUCCAAGGAGCACAGAAUACUCUUCAAGCUAUUCAAGAUAAUACUAGAAGUUCUUUGAAAGAAACACAAGUAGUUGCUAAGAAGAUCGAAGAAGCUGUUCAAGAAAUUGAAACACAAAAGAACGAUACAAUUCAAGAUUGGGCUAAAGAAGCUAAGGAAAAACUUGCCGGUACCAGUGAAGAAAGUCAAAAGAAAGGUCAAAAACUUAUUGAUAGAUUGGCUAAGAAAACUGAAAAUUCUGUUGAUAAGGCAACAAAACGAUUGACUGAUACUUUGGAAGAAAUUCAAAAUAAGGCUAAUGCUACUGCUGAACGUUAUCAUGAACCAAUGAAUAAACUUAUUGAACAAAUUGGAAAAUGCUCAGAAGUGAAGGCAACCAAUAUUAGAGAAUCGAUCAAGUGUGCUGAACAAAUUCGGGAAGACUUAGUACCUUUACUUUCUGCUCCAGGUGCAUUGGCUGGUGUGAGGUUGGAAAUUGUCAAAGCUGGUAUGCAGAAUUUCGGAAAGGAUAUUGCUGUGCAAGCAGCUAUGAAUAGGUUCCGCAGAGAUGCUCGUACUAUUGAUAGAAUUCUUGAGCAAUUAGCUGCUGAAGAUGCAGCAUCUGCAACAACGGCUUCAACUUCAUCCGCAGCACCUUCUGAAGGACCAGCAUCUUCUGAAGCUCCAAGUUCUUCCGAAGCUCCAGGCUCUUCCGCAGCACCUGGUUCUUCCGAAGCUCCAUCUUCUUCUGACGCACCAUCUUCUUCUGACGCACCAUCUUCUUCUGACGCACCAUCAUCGUCUGACGCACCAUCUUCUUCUGACGCACCAUCAUCGUCUGAAGGACCAUCUGCUUCUGACGCACCAUCAUCGUCUGAAGGACCAUCUGCUUCUGACGCACCAUCAUCGUCUGAAGGACCAUCUGCUACUGACGCACCAUCUUCUUCUGACGCACCAUCAUCGUCUGAAGGACCAUCUGCUACUGAUGCACCAUCAUCGUCUGAAGGACCAUCUGCUUCUGACGCACCAUCAUCGUCUGAAGGACCAUCUGCUACUGAUGCACCAUCAUCGUCUGAAGGACCAUCUGCUUCUGACGCACCAUCAUCGUCUGAAGGACCAUCUGCUACUGAUGCACCAUCAUCGUCUGAAGGACCAUCUGCUACUGACGCACCAUCAUCGUCUGAAGGACCAUCUGCUUCUGACGCACCAUCAUCGUCUGAAGGACCAUCUGCUACUGAUGCACCAUCAUCGUCUGAAGGACCAUCUGCUUCUGACGCACCAUCAUCGUCUGAAGGACCAUCUGCUACUGACGCACCAUCUUCUUCUGACGCACCAUCAUCGUCUGAAGGACCAUCUGCUUCUGACGCACCAGCAUCGUCAGACUCCCCAGCUACUACAGAAGGAUCAGCAUCUGAAACAACUGCUGAAACAACAACUCCUGUUGCAUGUAUUGUAAAUUGAAAACAACACUCAAAGUUGUCAUGCUUUAAAUAUGUUCAAAAUUUUUAAUUAAUAAAAUCAAAAAUUUGAUUGGAAAGU